CUUGAGAUGGGCUUGAGUUAGAAGUGGGGGUGAGAUAGGCAGCUCAAAUUCUGCUUUCGGUUUUGAGCUUGCAUGGUUGAUAGGAAAUGGCAUCGAACAAAGAUCCAGCAUGGCCUAGGAAGAGGAGAAAGAGUAUAACCCCACCUCCAUUAAUGUCAGGAAGUGAUUCCUCAUCGCCAGUGUUGAACUUGGUGUUGUGUGGAAAUGAUGAAGCAUUAAAGACCUCCAUAUCAGAGCUCAUAUUAGAGGAUGUGAAGACUGGAGAAGUCUGUGGACAGCGUCUCAGGCUGGAGGUGAUGCCAGCUCUCUACAACACUCAUCUCUCAGAUGAGGAAGUGAUGUCUGAGACUCUUCGCUGUUUCUCUUCUGAUAAUCCUGUCCACGCUUUUGUUUUCAUCAUUCCUGUUGGUCCUGUCACAGAUAAUGACAAAGGAGAAAUAGAGACUAUACAGAGAACCUUUGGUACAAAGGUCUGUGAUCAUAGUUUUGUUCUUUUUACAAACAAGAACUUUAAUGAAGCUGCUGCAAUUAACUUUGUAGAGCAAACUUCUGAAAUAGAAGAAAUUCGACACAUGUGUGGGGACAGAUAUAUGAUCUUGGAGAAAGAAAAAAAAAUCAACACAAGCAGGUGACAGAACUGUUAGAGAGAGUAAAAAAGCUGAAGAAGAUUUAUUCUCUCCAAAUGUAUAUUGAGGCACAGAAAGAUGGAGCUAAACAGCCACUAGAGGAUGAACUGGCUGAAAUGAAGAACAGAAUUAGGCAACUUGAAUCAAAUCAACAGGAAGCAUGUGCUGAGGGUGAAAUCUCUGACUCAAUUUUGAGAUUAUUACUUAUUGGGAAAACAGGAAAUGAGAAGAGUGAAUCAGGAAACACUAUUCUAGGAAGAGCCGAAUUUGAGAGUGGUGUGAGCAUGACUUCUAUGACAAGAAUGUGUCAGAAGGGAUUGGGAGAAGUACAGGGCAGAUCUGUAGCUGUUGUGGACACUCCAGGACUCUUUGACUCCACACACUCAAAUGAAGAAGUAAUACAAGAAAUUGUGAAGUGUGUCUCAAUGUUAGCACCAGGACCGCAUGCCUUCAUCAUUGUGCUGAGUGUGGGAAGGAUUACUGAGGAUGAGAAGCAAACACUAAAUCUGAUAAAAAUGAUGUUUGGUCCUGAUGCUGUAAGGUACACUAUAGUGCUGUUUACUGGAGGAGAUAAACUGGAAAAUAAAACACUAGAAGAUUAUCUUAAAGCUGGUAAUAAUCCAUAUGUGAACAGUCUAAUCAGAGACUGUGGUGGAAGAGCUCACUUGUUUAAUAACAAUACAGACGAUACCAAACAAGUUAGUGAGCUUCUCCAAAUGAUUGAAAAAAUGAAGUUCAAUAGGGACACUUACUUUACUAAUGAGAUGUUUGAGAAGGCAGAGAUGUCGAUACAACAGAAACAGGAGGAGGUGCUAAAAGAGAAAGAGGAGCAGAUGCAAGCUGAAAUAGAAGCUCUGAAGGCCAGAUAUGAAAAAGAACUGGAACCGAUGAGGAAAAAUAUGGAGAAAGAGAGAGAGAGAUCGGAAGAGGAAAGAUGUAAAAGGGAAAACAUGUUUAAGGAGAGGGAAGAAGAAAUGAGGCGAGAAUAUGAGAAGAAAGAAGAAGAAGAGAAAGAGAAAUGGUUGAAAGAGAACAAAAGAAGAGAAGAAGAGGAAAAACGACAGACUGCAGAAAAUAACCGCAUGAUGGAGGAGAUGAGGAAAGCGAAGGACGAAGAACUGGAACAGAUGAGGAAUAAUAUGGAGAAAGAGAGAAAAGAGAGACAUGCUGAACUGAGAGCACAAAAGUUAAAUCAGGAGCAAAUGAUGAAAAAAUUUGAAAAGGAAAGAAAACAAGAGAUAAAAGCCCAUCAAGUGACAGAAAGGAGGAAACGAGUUCAAAUAAGGAAAGAGUAUCAGGAAAGUAAAAAGAAAAUAAUGCAGAAGUAUGAGAAACAGGAAAAAAUAUGGCAAGAAAAAUGGAAUAAAAAAAUCCAACAAGAAAAUAAACAAAGAGAAAAGGAUAAAAAGAGUAUACAGAGACUUAAAGAGAAAAUAGAAGCGGAAAAGCAAAAGAAGGUAAAAGGGAAGAUAAAGAUGAUAAAGAAACAAAUGUCUGAGUUGAGGAUCGUUCUGUUGGGAAAGAGUCUCCAACACACCAGUAUAGUAGGAAAUUUUAUACUGGGAAGAGCUGCAUUUGAGACUGAAGCUCUGCCAGAUUCAGUAAAACAGCACAGUGAGAGAGCCAGUGGACAUGUGGAAGGAACAAACAUCACCAUCAUCAAUGCAGCUCAUUUAUUUAACUCACCACUAAAACCUGAGGAACUUAAAGAGUGUGUAGAUCUUUGUGCUCCAGGACCUCAUACAUUUUUACUUGUGAUAGAGGCUCAUGACUUCACAGAAGAAGACAGGAACCAUCUGGGAUCAUUACUAAACUGCUUCAGUGAACAAGCAAUAAAGUUUGCCUUUGUGAUUGGUUUAACCCUGGAUUCUAAUAUGUCCAGGUCUGUAGGACACUUAGAAGCCUCUCGAAAGUUAAUAGAGGAAUGUGGUCAGCGGUAUCAUAAAUUCAGGCAACUACAGAAAAAUAAGAAUUCACGUUGUCAGAUUUUUGAUGAUGUCAGAAAUGUGGUCAAAAAGAAUGGAGGAAAUUGUGUCAUAUGUAAGCGUUUUAAAGAUGUGCAUGAGAAAUCUAUCCAAACUGAUCUUGAGAGAGAGGGAGAGAGGACAACACAAGAUCCUUCUGAUGACACAAAGGAGAAAUCAUCUUUAAAGGGAAAUGUCUUUGGUAAAAUUGUGCCAGGAAGUGAUUCCUCAUCACCAGUGUUGAACUUGGUGUUGUGUGGAAGUGAUGAAGCAUUAAAGACCUCCAUAUCAGAGCUCAUAUUGGGCCAGAGAGACGUGAAGACUGGAAUAGCUGACAGACAGCGUCUCAGGCUGGAGGUGAUGCCAAGUCUCUACAACACUCAACUCUCAGAUGAGGAAGUGAUGCACGAGAUACUUCACUGUAUCUCUCUUGAUAAUCCUGUCCACGCUUUUCUUUUCAUCAUUCCUGUUGGUCCUGUCACAGAUGACAAAGGAGAAAUAGAGACGAUUCAGAGAAUCUUUGGUUCAAAAGUCUGUGAUCAUAUUUUAGUUCUUUUUACCAGAGAGAAUGUUGAUGAAGCUGCUGCAAGUAACUUUGUAGAGAAAAGUUCAGAAAUGGAAGAAAUUCGACACAUGUGUGGGGACAGAUAUAUGAUCUUGGAGAAAGGAAAAAAAAGGAGAGACAAACAGGUGACAGAACUGUUAGAGAGAGUAACAAAUAUGAAGAAGAUUUAUUCUCUCCUAAUGUUUAUUGAGGCACAGAAAGAUGGAGCUAAACAGCCACUAGAGGAUGAACUGACUGAGAUGAAGAAGCAACUUAAAGCAAAACAACAGGAUGCAGGCACAGAGGGUGAAAACUCCAACUGUUUGAGAUUAUUACUGGUUGGGAAAACAGGAAGUGGAAAGAGUGCAACAGGAAACACUAUUCUAGGAAGAGAAGAAUUUGAGAGUGAGAUGAGCAUGAAUUCUACGACAGGAAUGUGUCAGAAGGGAUUGGGAGAAGUACAGGGCAGAUCAGUAGCUGUUGUGGACACUCCAGGACUCUUUGACACCACACUCUCAAAUGAAGAAGUAAUACAAGAAAUUGUGAAAUGUGUCUCAAUGGUGGCACCAGGACCGCAUGCCUUCAUCAUUGUGCUGAGUAUGGGAAGGUUUACUGAGGAAGAGAAGCAAACACUGAAUCUGAUUAAAAUGAUGUUUGGUCCUGAUGCUGUAAAGUACACUUUAGUGCUGUUUACUGGAGGAGAUAAACUGGAAAAUAAAACAUUUGAUGAUUACCUUAAAACUGGUAAUAAUCCAUAUGUGAACAGUCUAAUCAGAAACUGUGGUGGAAGAGCUCACUUGUUUAAUAACAAUAUAAAAGAUACCAAACAAGUUAGUGAGCUUCUCCAAAUGAUCGAAGAAAUGAUAAAGUUCAACAGGGAAAAUUACUUUACUAAUGAGAUGUUUGAGAAGGCAGAGAUGUCGAUACAACAGAAACAGGAGGAGAUACUAAAAGAGAAAGAGGAGCAGAUGCAAGCUGAGAGAGAGACUCUGAAGGCCAGAUAUGAAGAAGUACUGGAACAGAUGAGGAAUAAUAUGGAGAAAGAGAGAGAGAGAUCGGAAGAGGAAAGAUGUAAAAGGGAAAACAUGUUUAAGGAGAGGGAAGAAGAAAUGAGGCGAGAAUAUGAGAAGAAAGAAGAAGAAGAGAGAGAGAAAUGGUUGAAGGAGAAACAUAGAAGAGAAGAAGAGGAAAAACGACAGACUGCAGAAAAUAAUCGCAUGAUGGAGGAGAUGAGAAGAGAACUAGAACAUCAACAAGUAAAAUUUAUCCAACAGAAAACUGAAAGAGAGGAGGAGGACAGAAAAAGGGCAGAUAGAGAGAGAAAGAAUAAAGAACGCUUUGAACAACAACAAAAGGAAACAAUUACAAAACUAAAACUCAAACAGGAAGAAGAAGUCCAAAGGAAAGAUGAGGAAGAAAAAAAGAGAAGAAAAGAACAGGAAGAAGAGAGAGAAAACUGGAAGAGAAAAAUGAAGGAGGCAGAAAAUGAUAAAAAAGAAAUUAAGGAAGAAAUUGAAAGGAAACUGAAAGAAUGGGAGAUUGAAUGGAAAGAGCAGAUGGAAGAGAUAGAUAAAGAAUACAAGAGAACAAAAGAGAGACAUGCUGAAGAACUGAGAGCACAAGAGGAAAAUCAGGAGCAAAUAAGGAAAAGGUUUGAAAAGGAAAGAGAACAAGAGAGAAAUGAGUGGCAGGAGACAGAAAGGAGGAAACGAGAGCAAAUAGAGAGAGAGUAUCAGGAAAGUAAAGAGAAAAUAAUGCAGGAGUAUGAGGAACGGGAAAAAAUAAGGAAAGAAGAAUGGAAUAAAAAAAUCCAAGAAGACAAUAAAAGAAGAAAAGAGGAGCAAAAGACACUACAGAGACUGAAAGAAAGGAUGGAAGCAGAAAGACAAGAGGAAAUGAAAAGGAGAGAGAAAGAAGAUGAAGAGAGAAAAGAAAAAGCAGACAGAACCUGUGAGGAAAUGAAAAAUGAUUAUGAGAAGAAAAUUAAAGAAAUGGAGAAAGAAAUGGACAGUAAAUAUAAAGAUGAAGCUAGAAAAAAAGCUGAAGAAAUGAUUGACUUAAAAGGAAAAUAUAUAAAAGAAAUAAUAGAAUUGAUUCAGAAACAUCAAAAUGAUUAUAAUGCUCUCAAAGCUCUAUAUGAAAGUACAACAAAAGAGUUAGAGGAGUUAAAGGCACAGCAAAGUAAAUGCACUUUCCUUUAAAACCCUAAUGAUACUUGAAUGUUUACAUUCACACAAGACAAAAUAACCUACAGUAAAUUAUUGAGGCUAUGAUGCUUACUUCAUGCACUUUUUAUGACAAGAAAGAUACAGACAUUUUAUAGAUAAGUUGGUUUAAGCCGGUGCUUCUCAAUUAUUUCCCCCCAACUCUCCGCCGCGACUGUAGAUAGUAUCAUAUAGUAUUGUCUAUAAAAUUGUUAUAUAGUACACCUCUGCAUAACAUUGUAUCCUUAUUAACAUUAAAGAAAACAAAAAAGAAAAAAGAAAGAAAUAUAGAUCAACUUACAACAAAUAAUAACUUUAUUAACUGUAACAGAAAAGACUUAAAGUGCAUCAAUUUGCAUGAAAUUAAAAAAAGAAUUGCAAUCCUUAUUUAAACUCUAAACUCUAAACAUUUUUUGACCAUUUGAUACUGAAAAAUAAAAUUUAAAUUUAAUCAAUAAAUAAUAAUAAAUUCAAAUUGAUCAGCAGCAUUAACUCAGGAGCACAAUAUAUAAAACAAAACAAAACUUUGACCUACAAAACAAAUUUUUUUUUAAUCAAAAUGAGGAAGUCAGGAUUAAUGGCUACAAUGAGCACGUUUUGCAGUAUGCCACUUUAUAUGAUGCUAACACUGCUCGCUGGUUUACUGAAGAUGCAUUCACAAAUGAUGAUGAUUGUUGGCAAUAUUCAGCACGUUUUCAUUGAAAAAAAAAACGUGCCAACAUUUUUAGACACAGUAAACAUACAGGUCUUUCCUUGUCUCCCACUGUAGUCACAGUGAAGCCAAGCACUACAUACGCUGCGUCAUAUUUCCUCAUCUAAGUGUAGCGAUUUUGGCUCGCGAAGCAAGGUAAAUAUUUAUAAGCAACUAUAACGUGUUAUAGUGACUUCUAAAUAUUUUAACCUAAGUUGAAAUUAACGGUACUGGAAUUAAGGUUACGCUUA